AUGUCCUUUGCCAAAGUUUUGUCUCCUGCUCUGCGGGAAGUCCGCAUUCUCUGCUGCCAGACUGGUGCAGCGUCUGCAGGAACAAGGCAGUUCAUUGCGUCAACAUACCCGGUCCUCAAGCAACACAACCCUGACUUGCCCAUCAUGAUUCGGGAAGCGAAGGGGACACCCGCGCGAGUGUUUGCACGAUUUGAGCGCGGUGUAGAGAGACACGUCGAGGUAGACAACCUCUCGGAGAAGGAUAUCGCAUCCAAAGUGUCACAGCUCUUGAGCCUGUCAUGA